AUGGCCUCGGAAAUCACUCCCAUAGUGAUGGGCGGAGCAGCAUGGUCACACCAACUCAACCACGACGCAGAAACCCGCCCCGUCAUCCCCGUCAUCCUCAAUGCCUUCGACCACGGCAUCCGCACAAUCGACACAUCACCCUACUACGAACCCUCUGAAAAGAUCCUCGGCAAAGCGCUCGCGGACCCGCAAAUUUCUUCCCUCUACAAAAGAGAGGAUUACUUUUUGAUGACCAAAGUUGGAAGAAUCGCGAGUGAGGAGUUUAAUUAUUCGCCCUCGUGGAUCCGCGAGUCGGUGGAACGUUCGCUGCAGAGAUUUCGGACUGGGUAUUUGGAUGUGGUGUUUUGUCAUGAUGUUGAGUUUAUCUCUGAUGCUGGUGUUGUCGAAGCCGUCAGGACACUUUGGGAAUUCGUCGAGCAGGGCAAGAUCAGAUAUGUAGGUAUCAGUGGCUACCCUAUCGACAAAUUAGUCAGAGUGGCGAGAUUGUGCAAGGAGAAAUUGGGAAGACCGUUGGAUAUCGUGCAGAAUUGGGGACAACUGACAUUGCAAAAUACGAAGUUGAGGACGGAAGGGUUGAGACAGUUGGGGGAGGCUGGAGUGAAGAUGGUGUGCUCAUCUUCUCCGUUGAAUAUUGGGUUGUUGAGGGCGCAAGGUGUGCCUAUUGGACGAUUAGGCGACUGGCAUCCCGCUCCCUCAGAUCUCCGUCUCGCCGUCUCAAAAGCAGCAGAUCUCGUUGCAGAAAAGGGAGAUGAUCUCGCCAGCCUAGCUCUACGCUUCGCCGUCCGAGAAACAGCAAGGAAGGAAAAGGGACUACCUGCCAUGGCACUUAUCAUGGGACCAGGCAGUGUAGCAGAAGUCGAAUCCUGUGCUGCUGCUGCCAAAAGCGUACGGGACCAAAACACUCAAGGGAAGUUUGGAGAUCUGAGAGAUGAUACUGUGUUGGAUAAGGAAGGAGUACAGAGUGAUGAACCUCUUGUACAGGGCGUCAGAGAGAUUCUUGGAAGGUGGAUUGACUUUUCAUUCGAGAGCCCACCCAAGGGGUGGGAUGUUGAAGCUGGUAAGAUGGGCAAAGUCGAGUGA